AUGGCCUCCCUGACAGACGCAGAGAUGGCGGAGAUUGCCAAACUUCAGAGAGAGGAGGGUGUGCAGCAGCUAAGCGGKCACUUCUCGUGGCCUGAGUUCUCUGGGGACGCUGUAUGGCAGAGCGCCUUUCAACAGUUUGUUUACGAGUGUGCCAUGUUCGCCGCCGACCGUGGCCUGGCCUGGAGUGCUGUGAGAGCAGUGGCCGGGAUGACUAGAGACCUGUUCCCUCAGCUAGCUGAUUUGGACCCGCCCAGAGUGCUAGCCCUAAUUUCAGAUUGGCUGAAAGAGUGUUUGCCCCACCUACCUCCUGCCCACCACAAAGCAGUCUUCCACUUCCUGUCUGACACUUGUGUCACUAGUCAACGACUGCUACAAGCUGUGGUGGGCGGGACCAGUCACCGGUCAAUCAAUCAGAAACACCUGGAGGUUCAUGUGCCCCCAACACCUCUCCCCCUGGCACAGGGUGAUGAUGAGUGUGCGUGGGAGAGCCAGCGUGUGUGUGCCCUGCUACAGGUUGCCAAGCAACAGAAGAGGGAGGAACCCGGAGGCUCAGAGAGGAGGAAGGGCCACAGGGGUCAGAGGUCAGAAUGGACACAUUAA